CAGACAAUCACGUAUGAGUUAUACCUUCUGCAGCAGCUGAUUGACUUGGCAGAGGCGCCCACAGUGCCAUCUUGGACAUGGGGCGGGGGAAGCAUAAGGAGCCGAAGGAGAAGAAGGAGGAUUUAGUUGGAGGACCAGAGUUGGCCGAUUCGGACAUCGAAGAAGCGGAUAUUGAAGCUUUAGCGAGGUCAAAGCUCAAUUCUGGAGAAUAUAUCCUGGGCGAAGAGCCGAAGCUAGAUCAGGAUAAGGACUACGAAGUUCAGGCGACCUCAACGAGAGGAAUUUGCAUUGCACCUUUGCUGUUACAAAGACAGAGCGAGCUCGAAUACAAGGUCCCUGAAGGGGCGAAGCGCGUGCCGUGGGUUGACACCAUGGCGAUAGAUGGACAGACUGAACUGCCAAAGGGUGUCACUGCCAAAGAUGGAGUGAAGCUCGAGAGCAUCUUUCUAGGCAUGGCUUCAGACGCCGCAGCGGAAGCUUACAGAAGGCUACGGGUGAUGCGCAUCCCCUGCACAAGGCCAAAUGACUUCUAUGCAGAAAUGAUGAGGACUGACAAGCAGAUGUAUAGAGUCCGCCAGCAAGCAGCGGAGGAGGAGCGUCGAAUCAAGAUCGUUGAAGAUAGAAAGAAAGCUCAAGCAGGCAAGAAGUUCGCGAAGAAGGCCAAAACAAAGAAGCUGGAAGAGCGAGCAAAGGAUAAGCGAAACUCGCUAGAGCAAAUUGCCGAGUGGCGAAAUCGGAAGAAGACUGAAGGUAAGAAUACGGAUGAUCAGGAUCUUGAAGCAAUUCUUUCGCGGCAACACAAAAAGAAAGAUCAAGAUGGGAAAGGAAAGGGGAAGGGCAAGGCGAUGAAGUCGGCAAAGCGGCGAAACCUUGAUGAGAAAUACGGUUUUGGUGGAAAAAAGAAGCGGAGCAAGCAGAAUGACAAGGCAUCGGCAGACGAUAUGUCUGCAUCGCCGUGGGCCAAAAAGGGCAAAGGAAGAGGUAAAGGAAAAGGCAAAGGCAAAGGAAAAGGCAAAGGCGGCAAGAGGAAGAGAUAAGCUCUAAGACUUGGCAGUGAGCCGACGACAUGAGAAAGGGAGCUCACUGAGUCGUCACUUAAAGCGACGACUCUGAGCCGUCUGAGCUUUCAAGCUGCAACGGCUCCCUAGCUUUCAAGCCAAGCAAUGCUUGGAA